UGUAGUGAUGGGUUUUCCUGCCAUUCUGAGCUGCGUUGUCCUUUUUAGAAUAGACCUCAACCAUUCAGCCCGUGACUCACACUACUACAACACCACAAUUCAAUUUACAAACUACACCAUAAUUCAAAUUUCAUUAGAUAACUGACAUCUAAAUAAGCAUCAAUAAUUGAUGUGCCAUGCUUUACUUGAGAAAGAAAAGAAAAGGAUUCGGCAUUCGUCACAGGAGCUUGUCGUGAUGGGUUUUCUUGCCAUUCUGAGCUGCGUUCUCCUUUGUGGAAUACACCUCAACCAUUCGGCCCGUAACUGCACCACCAUAUACUCCGAGCCGAAUAGAGCGUUACUAGGCUCAAACUUCAGCACUGUCGAUGCAGCAAACGCUGGAGAUUGCAACAUCAAGUGCGAACAAGAUGAGAAUUGCCGGAGUGCCAAUUAUUGGUUACUUGAGAAGAAGUGCGACCUCAACAACGCAUCCCGGAUAUGGUUCCCAUCGCGACUCAAGAGGGCGAUAGGUUGCAUCUAUGCAAGCAUUCGGCCAAGAAUCUUUUGUCAAUCCGGGUGGAAGAGGUUUAACGACUCCUGCUACUGGGCCGAUACAAGGGAAAUGGCUUGGAAUGAUGCGCGGGCUGCCUGUGGCGAUAUGGGCGGAGACCUGGUACAGAUAGCAAGCAAGGAAGAGAAUGAGUUCGUCUACGGCCUGGGGUCUGGUACGAUGUGGAUUGGUCUGAAGAGAGCAGCAGACGGCUUUAGAUGGGUAGUCGAUAACUCUUUGGCCUCGUACACCGAGUGGCACCCAGGAGAGCCUGUAGCCUCCAUAUGCGUUUAUAUGGGAUAUGGUGGCCAGAUGUGGGAUGACUAUAGCUGUGAAGUACCUAAAAAAUUCAUCUGUGAGAUCACGCCUCGUCUGUAGUCUAAUUCUAGUCUAAAAUGUUAAUUUAUGAGACCACCAACCUAUAGCCUAAUUUAUAGUUCAUCUGUGAGACCACGCAAAUAGUGUCAUCUAGUGUUAUUCUAUGAGACCACGCCUAUAGUCAAAUUUGGUGUUAUUCUGUAAGACCACGCCUAUAUUUUUUCUAGUGUUAUUCUAUGAGACCACGCCUAUAGUCUAAUUUAGUGUUAUUCUCUGAUACAACGCCUAUAGUCUAAUUUAGUGUUAUUCUCUGAUAAAAAGUCUAUAGUCUGAUUUAUGGUUCAUCUGUGAGACCACGCCUGCAGUCUAAUUUAGUGUUAUUCUCUGAUACGAAAUCUAUAGUCUGAUUUAUGGUUCAUCUGUGAGACCACGCCUAUAGUCUAAUUUAGUGUUAUUCUCUGAUACAACGCCUAUAGUCUAAUUUAGUGUUAUUCUCUGAUACAAAGUCUAUAGUCUGAUUUAUGGUUUAUCUGUGAGACCACGCCCGCAGUCUAAUUUAGUGUUAGUUCAUGAGACUACGCUUACUCUCUUAUAUAGUGUUAUUCUGUGAGACCACGCCUAUAAUCUAAUUUAUGGUAUGUCAAACCAAUGAAUAAAAUGCACUAAGUCUUAAA